UAGGCCUUAGUUCGCGUGCUACGUCACAAACCAAGAUGGCGCGGGUCGCAGCCUUUUUGAAGAAUGCGUGGAAUAAGGAGCCUGUCAUCGUAACCUCGUGUGCUAUAGGAAUAAUGGGUAUUGCGCUUCCACUAAUAAGUCCAUACACAAAGUAUUCAGGAAUGAUCAAUUCUGCGGUGCCGUACACCUACCCAGUUCCUGUGCGCGAUGAUGGAAACAUGGCCGACGUUCCCGUGCACCCGUGUGAUCAAAGGGGAGACAGGCUGCAAUGGCUCAAAAACCUUUAACUUCACAUUCUUGCUCUCUCUGUAAUUGUCAAUGUCCCACAGUAAAGACUGUCUAUUUAAUUCCA